UAUUCUCCUUUUUUUUAAAAAAAAAAAAUAAAUAAAUUAAUAAUGAUUAAAAAUAAAUUAUUACCAAAAUUAUCACACAAUUUACUUGAAAUUCUAAAUGAUGAAGAAUAUUAUGAUAUUACUAUUGAAGUUGGUAACGACCCUUAUAUAAAAAUAUUUCAUGCUCAUAUGGUUAUUUUACAUUAUCGUUCUCCUUAUUUACGAAGAAUUUUAUCAACAAAUAAUAAAAAGAAAAAUGAUGAUAUUUUGUCACAUAUUAAAUUACCGAAUAUUUCGCCUGAAAUUUUUCAGAUUGUCUUAAGAUAUAUUUAUAGUGGAAAACUUUCUUUAAAUGAAUAUGAUAAUUCAGAUAUAAUUCAAAUCUUAAUUGCCGCUAAUGAACUUAGUCUUCAGGAAUUAAUUCCCUAUUUACAAUUUUUUUUGAUUGAAAAUAAAAAAAACUUUUGAUCUCAAUAAUACAAAAUGAUGAUUUUCAAAAGAGUGAAAUUCAAGUUUGGGAACACGUUCUUAAAUGGGGACAUGCACAACAUCCAGAACUUCCUUCUAA